ACGUUUCCUUGUUGCAGACGCGUCGAAGCUGCAGAACCCGAGCAGGAAGCAGUCGGUCUCCAGGAGCCUCAAACACCUCUUCAACUCGUCCAACAGGUUCAUCAAGACUCUGAAGAGGGGGGUCUACCUGGCUGCUGUCUUCUACCAUAAGGACAGUCUGCUGGUGACGGCCGAGGACCAGGUCCCCAUCGUGGAGGUGGACGACUCGUACGGCAGCAGCCUCAUGCAGGACUUCCUCUGGUUCACCAAG